AUGGACGUAGAUUGCGAGUUAGACAGUGACCUUUUAACGAAGUUCAGCUGUCUGGGAACGACAGACCGCGAUGUGCUUAUAAAUGAACUGCAAAGAUUGUUGGACUUCCAACUCAAUCCGUCAGGUUGUGCUUUCUUCCUUGAUAUGACAAAUUGGUAAGCCUGGUUGUAUUAUUGACACUGAUUAUUACAUGUGAUUUUUCGUUCUCGAAUGUUUACAGCUUGUAUUUUCCAAAAAUUGAAAAUUCUAAUAUGUGGUUUUCUUUUAACGCCAUUUUCUUCGUCCCAAGGAAUCUACAGGUAAGCUGACAGUAAACUUAUCUUUAUUAAUAUGUAACUUACAAAAGCUUUGCUAAGCAAAAUAGGUUAAGUUUUGCUAAAAAUAUGAUACAUUAUGUAUGUUUUGUUUAGAACUUAAAUAAUCUUAUAAAACAGUAUUAAUAAAUCGUCUUUUUUGUCUGGUUAUAUUUUCUUAUCAAAAUGACUGCGCUGCGAAUAUUUAGGUAUUAUUAUAGUUAAUGUUAAUUUUGUGGCUAUUUACGUUUUGAUAGGAUUCGUUGGUUAGACACAUGUAGUAAAGCAAUCAGUGUGCCACAAUGAUAAUUUGAAUAAAUUGGUGCACUUCACUGAAGUAGAUUUUAAUGGCUGUCUGGCAAUAUAUUUUGAAGAAUCACUCAUAAGUUCUGCACUUCAUGAUCAAACAUGUCAGGUUAAUAAAUUUCUAUUAAAAUUGGAAUUUCUAGCCAUAAACUUGGAAUACAUUGCAAGGUAUAGCUAUAGUAUAAACUGUAUUUUUUUCUCCUGGUUGUCCAAUUUGCUUGAACACAGCCUAUCAGAUAAAGGUCCUAUUCAGUGCCUUCAUUAAAUCUAGCUAUAUGUAGUUAUUAACUGUAUGAAAGUUCACUUCAUUCAUCUUUUUGUUUUUUAAUUUCUCUUUUUAGGCAGCAGUAGGCGCAUAUUAUGAUUUUAACAGUCCCCAGGAAAAUCUUCCCAGUAUGGCAUUUAUGCGGGAUGUUACUAUAGGAGAAGGAGAAUCUGUCCCACCUAAUACAACUUUUUUAAAAACUUGGAAAAUUCAGAAUAAUGGUAAGAAGCUCAUAGUGUUCCAGCACUUAAGUUAGUUGGAAUGAGCAAAAAGUAAAUAGCAAAGCUUCCGUGAUUCCAUUUUUAUUUUAUCCUUCCAAAGCCAACCUGCGUUACUUUUGGCGUGUGGGUUCUAAGGGUCAUGUGAUACUGAAACUGGGCCGUUAAGAAGAAAUGAAACAACUGGGGAAGGAUUCUUCUCACCUGAGUCCUAACCACCACCCCCACUUUCUUUUUUGUAUUUUCUUACUAACUGAGAGCCUGCUCUGAACAGGCUACGAUCUCAUACGGUACUGUUGUUUUGAUAUAUACUACUUGUUAACCUCAUCUGUUCGGUCAUUACAGCAGUCUUAACUGUAAAAAAACAUGUCACCUCAAUGAGUUGUACACUUUAGCCCACAAUACAGUCAGAUGACACUGGUCAGUGGAUGCCCUUUUUGACAGAGUGUCAACUGACCAUAACAUGGAUUUCUAUCACUAAUGAAACUUACAGCAAAGUACAGCUUUGGAACAAGAACAUUUAAACCUGCGAUCGAUCUCACCCACACUUGCUUCUGAAAGUUACUGUUUUCUUACCAGGUAAUAGUGCAUGGCCCAUUGGGGUUUUCCUAAAGUACACUUCAGGGGAUCAACUAGGUCCCAUAAAUAUGGUGUCAGUAAAACCUUUGGGUGCUGGCGAAGAGUAUGAUCUUAGUGUAAACAUGAUAUCACCUGGGAAAACAGGCAUGUACCAAGGUCAAUGGCGUAUGUGCACCCCCACGGGGCAAUAUUUUGGAGGUGAGUGAGUUGUUUACAAUAUUAUUUAAUUCAUGUUUGAGGUUAAAGAACUACACGGUAGUACUGUGUCACCAGCAAACUUUCUGUGUAUAAUUUUCAAGGGUGCCAGUGGCUUUAAGGUGAUGUUACACGAGACAAUUCGCAACAACGAAUGUAUUAGCUCAAUACAGCAUUGCAACAUUGUUGCACUUUGUUUCGAAUAGUUACAACACUGUUCCAACAUUGCAAUGCUGUGUUGUGUUAAAAGUUGUUGUUGCGAAUCGUUUCAUGUAACAUCACCUUUAGUGGCUUUUAUGUUUGCUACAUGUACAAUAUCCAUGUGAAGGGCCGCCAACAGGGAUGUACAUGUAGCUAAGGUUUGCUUGGAACAAAUUUACAUCUGGAACCCCAUGACUACCUGAUAAAUAAUGUACAGACAUGUAGUGUAAACACAGACAGUAAUUUUGUUACCUCUGCGUCCUGCAUCCUGUGUCCUGCAUCCUGUGUCCUGCGUCCCUGAUGCAUACGAAUCCCCAAAGACACAAAAUAAUUCACGGUAUGUGUUCCCUAGGACGCAAAGAUCGAGUGAUAUCUGAUGAUGUCUUUGUAGAAAAUCCUGUUUGGUGUGAUUUCUGUGGCUGUUCUUUCGGCUGCUGUUUAACAACUCAUCUCUCUCUUACUUUUUGUUGUGCUUUACAACAGAAGGAGUAUAUUUUUAUUUCAGUAAUCUGUAAAACAGAGUUUUGGUGUCUGUCUUCCGAGCAGCUUUAAUUAAUAGGAGUUGUCUUUUGAACUGGGACUCAUUGGCUCACUCAUGAUUUUUCACAAGAUGAGUUCCAGGACUCACCAUAACCAUUUGUAACUAAUUCACUGCUCUGAUUUACAUUGUUAAUGGCGUUUCUGUCGUUCUGGUGUACAUGUCUUCCUGUGUAUUGCUCCAAGCAGCGAGGAGCAAGGAGAGAUGGCAGCUAUACUGACAAGCUAUUCUCCUCGAAGAUCACUGUCGAUUCAUGUGCUUGUUUUCUUUUCCAGAUGUAAUAUGGGUUAUUCUCUGUGUGGAUGAAGGCGGACUUUUAGGAUUAACACAACAGCUGUCAAGUCUCGGAAGGGAAAUGAACACACAUCAAAUUUCCAACCCAUCUUCCCCGUCUGCUAAUCCAUUUCAACUUUCGACCACUCCCAUUGGAACGUCUCCACAACCUAUUUAUUCUGUUCCCCACAACAGUCCAGCAAAUGGCGCAUCAGAUGUAGUACAUGUUUCACCCGCUAGGAGAUCUCUUUUCAAUUCUAUGGUAAGUUUAUCAAGAGAUUAUCCCCCCUCUUUGCUUUAUCAGCAAGUUGCUCGUGCAGGGUUCGUACAGAUCAUGGAAAACCUGGAAAGUCAUGGGAUUUAAGAUUCAAGCCAUUGUAUGGAACCAUCAGAGCAUAAAGGUGCUUACAGCUGUAUAUCCCCCAUACACAUACACAAACAAGCUGAUUUCUGGCAAGAAUGCUUUUCCCUUUGGGAGUCUGUGUGGUACUACUUAUUUUUGUUUUGAAAAAAAAAAAAUGGUGGAAAAUUGUUGGACAGUUUUGUUUCCUUAGGAUACCUCUCUAUUACAGACAGUUCAAAGCAAGGAUAAAUGCCAAAAAUCAUAUAUUCCCGGAUAAUGCGGACACCUCUGUAAAGCGGACAGUUAUUGGUUCUGUCCCUUUGGUGUCUGUAUCAAAGAGGUUUGACGGUAUUGUGAUUUUUUUGCCAUAAUGCAAAUUGAAAAGGCUCAAUGAUUUGAGGCUUUUUAUUGUGUUUUGUUCAACUUUACAUUGUACAUGUGUUGUCUGGCUGUAUACAGUAAUGUUAUUUACAUGUAAGGGUACAUGUAAUCUUGAUAUCUCUCAACUCUACAUAUAACUCCAGCAUCUUCUUUCAUUGACCACAAUCUUUCAAAGCUGUACAAUUCAUUCAUUUUACUUGUUUCUAUAGGUAAAUGGGGACCAUAUAGAACCUCUUAUAACACCCAGUCUACAAGUUGGUUCAGCAUUAAGUAGCAAAGAGGAAGAACGUUUAGUCAAUCAGCUAAGUGAAACAUCGCUUUUACAAGACUCAGACCUGAAUAAUUCGUUAUAACAGUAGUCCAUGUUUCUAGCUUGCAAUAAGCACAUCAUAGUGACAGAAAUUUAUAAGUUAAAAAGUUGAAUGGCACAGGGACACAUAUAUGGGAGCAUUUAACCACAGGAUGAUUAUGUCAAUGGUGGAUCCCAGCUGGAGUUUGUAAGCCAUUGUACUUUUAAUGAUAAAAUUUGCAUUAAUUUUAUGAAAUGCAUGGGCUGAAAAAUGUAAAUGGGAAUUGUUUGGGAUAUUGACGUGUUGAGGUUGUGGUUCAAUUUUAAACUUGGUUGAAAUUUUAAUUCCCUUUGUUUCAAACUCAUUAUGAUACAUUACCAUGCCCUAGAACAUAAGGGAAUAAAAUUUAAACCAAGCAUAAAAUUGAGCCACAACAUUGAUUCCCUUUUGAUACAGUCUGCCUUUUCGUAAUGUUUAACGGUUGUUUAUUUGUUUUGUUUUAAAUUGUUUGCUUUAUAAGGCAUCCUAUUUAUGUCAUUCACUAUUUAGUUUUACAGGAAAUUUUAUUUUUUGUGACAAAUAUUUUCUGCCCUUGAGGGUCGGGUAAUAAUAAGUUGAAAAGCGGAAAAAGCUAUUUUGUUGCCAGUCUGUCUGUCCAGCUAAUGGAAACAAGCCACGCAUACUACUCGUUUAGUGGGCUGCAGUGGUCUAAAAUUUCCUAUGCUGAGCUCUUAAACUGGGCUUAAACUGUGAAAAACAGUUGUCUCUGCUUUCAGUGAAUGGAAAAUUCACGGUAAAGAAAGCAUGGACACCUUCCCCCAACCCCCACCCCUCCAGAACUCCGCCCCACUGCAGGGGAAAUAAGACACGCAACGCCUUCUGGGAUAUCCGGCCGCGAGUUUAUCUUUUUCGACAUUUUUUUACUGGGCCACAGGCAACCCAAUGGGAAGCAACAGCUAGAAAUUCAUCUGCAUGCACAGACAUAUGUUAAAAAUAAUAGUUUGUUAAUACUGUACAAUACAGUCAAUUGGACGUGUCAGAAACUUUAAAAGUGGCAUUUCUACCUGAGCUGUUUUUCAGUAAGUUAAAGUGUUGUCAAUGCAAGUGAAAAUCUUGCAAAUGCAAAAUCUAAUUAGUUACAUUAUGUCAUGAGACCCACUGUCAACACAUUUUAAUCCUCUCGCAAUUUGUUUGUCACGUGUUGUAACGAACUGUAAGUUAUUUGCCUUGAAAGACAAUGUUUCAACUUAAGGCAAUAAAGAAAUUAAUUUUAUUUC